AUGGCCAGUGACACUACUCUCAAACUCGCUGUUCUUAUUGAUGCGGACAACGCACGAUUUUCCGUGAUCAAACACCUCCUCUCCGAAGUUGCGAAAUUCGGCACAGCUCACGCAAAACGAGCUUAUGGAGACUGGAGUAGUCCCAAUUUGAAGGGCUGGAAAGACCAGCUCCUCGAGCAAUCAAUCCAACCAAUCCAACAGUUUGCCUAUACCCAUGGUAAAAAUGCGACAGAUUGUGCUAUGAUAAUUGACGCGAUGGAUCUUCUAUAUACUAACCGGUAUGAUGGAUUCUGCCUUGUGUCAAGUGACAGUGACUUUACUCGCUUAGCCGCUCGUAUCCGCGAGUCGGGACUUAUUGUUUACGGACUUGGCGAGCAAAAGACACCCAAACCCUUCGUCGCCGCCUGCGAUAAGUUUAUCUACACUGAAAAUCUCGUGCACCUUGAUCAGCUUGUUCCGCAUUCCGAUAGUGUUAUCGUGCCUAGCUAUCCCUCUUCAGACACAAAAGCUCAAAACGAUAAACACUUGGCAAGUCAAUUACGAACUACAGUGGAGGCGGCCUCUGAUGACGAAGGAUGGGCUAGACUUUCUGACGUAGGUCAGCUUCUCACAAAAAAAUAUCCGGACUUUGAUUCUCGCAGCCACGGGUAUCAUAAACUUAGUGAUUUAAUAAGCGCCUCUUCUCUCUUUGAAAUUUGCCGCCGUCGCCUUCAGGAGGGCUCAUGUACGAUCUACGUACGUGAUAAGCGUCGGAAGCUUAAACAUUCUGCUCAAUAG